AUGGAACCCUCGUUGAGAACCAGGGAUCCUGGCGGGUCCCAAGUACAAGACGAAAAGAGUACAAAAGAGAGUACAGUAAACAAGAGUAUACGAGGACACGGUGAGCGGGCGGCCAGAAACGGCUCUCAUUGCACCGCCGUCCUGCCGCUCUCGACCGCCUGCCCGUCUCCACCAUCCCCUUGCCCCUUCGGGUUUGGUGCCUCGUCCGCGCCCCCGUUCGGGUUUAGUGCCACCUCUGGCCGCUUUUACCGUUCCCCAACCGGCACCUCCAUCUAUAAAACUCCGCUCGUCCUCCUCGCAGCUUUGUCGACGCACUUUCUCUUCUUUUUCCUGUCUGACUCCCUUUCUCUCGGCCCCCGUCAACCUCUACGCACUGACUUGCCACCUGAUGCGUCGCCCCUUUCAUUUCCACCGGAGAUGCUGCUCGAUCCACCGUUGAGCCCGUUCUGGCCGGCCUCUCGAGAAAACCUCCUGUUGCGAGCCCUUCUUGCUGAGCGCUUCGGUCAUUUCGCUGGCAUUAUUUUUGCGCGGCCGGAGAACAGUGUCUCAGAAAUCCUCAAUACACACGCUCCUGAUUUGCUGUGGACCGUCCGAGGUUGCAUUGUACAGCCCCCAGUCGUCCACGCAGGUCCGCUUGUUCGUGACUGCCUAGGGUCUAUUUCUCCUGACCAUUGUUACCCAGUCGACGAGACUUCGGACGACCAUGCCGGGAUACGGACCAAUGGCGAAAUUGCCGCAUUCUAG